CUGGAGAGGCAGACGUUCAUAAUCAUGGCGUCUCUGUUGCGCCAGAUUGUCGCCGGUCCAAGGACUCGCCACCCUCAGGCUGAUUUGGAUUUAUGCUAUGUCACGGAUAAUAUUAUUGUUACCUCCGGCCCUUCACAGGCUUACCCACAACUCGCAUAUCGUAACCCUCUACAGCAGCUCGUAAACUUCCUCGACUCGCAGCACGGAACAGACUGGGCGAUAUGGGAGUUUCGGGCGGAGGGCACUGGGUACCCGGACGAGGCGGUGUACGGGAGGGUCAGACACUACCCCUUCCCUGAUCACCACCCCCCGCCGUUUAGGCUGGUGCCUAUGAUGAUGGCCAGCAUGAGGAACUGGCUCAAGGGCGGGGAGCUGCAUGUGGAGGGGGAUGCUGGGGGUGCCGCCGUCGCCGGGGGUUCGGCCGGUGCAGCCGACGCGAGAGAUGCAGACGGCAGAGGCAGCGCAGAUGGCAAGGAACUCGCUGGGAUCAAGGAAAGCAAACGGGUCGCCGUCGUCCACUGCAAAGCGGGCAAAGGCCGCAGCGGCACGGUGAGCUGCAGCUACCUCAUAGCCGAGGAGGGCUGGACGGCCGAGGACGCGCUCCAGCGCUUCACGCAGCGCCGCAUGCGGCCGCAGUUCGGCGCGGGUGUCACCAUACCCUCGCAGCUGCGGUGGGUGGGCUACGUGGACCGGUGGACGCGCGGCGGCAAGCUGUAUGUGGAUCGGCCUAUCGAGAUUGUCGAGCUGCGCGUCGUGGGGCUGCGCAACGGCGUGCGGCUCGACGUCGAAGGGUUCGAGGACGAGGGCAAGCGCAUCGUGAGCCUGCACACCUUCGAUCGCAGCGAGCGGCGCAUUGUUCACGGCGACCCCCCGGACGGCGGUGGCCUGGCGGACGCCGUGUGGGAUCUGGCCGGGUACCCGGCCGCCAAGGCCCCGGCGCAGGCGGACCUGGCCGAGGCGGCCAACGACGAGAGGCCCGGCGGCGGCGCAGACACGGCGCCCAGCACUUCAACUAAGCUGGACCUGCUCAGGAAGCAGUCGACCAAGCUCAUAAGGAUGGCGUCCGCGGCGAGCAUAUUCAAGGGAGGGGGCGGCACGUCGACGACGGCAGCAGCAGCAGCACCAGCAGCAGAGGAGGGCAAGACGCCCGAGUCUGGCGGCGAGCAGCAGCAGCAGCAGCAGCACCGGCAGCAGUCAUCUUCUGCGUCGUCCUUCGUCACGGACGAGGAACCCGGCGGCAAGUCGGUCGUCUUCAGGCCCAAGACGCCCAUCAUCGUUCCCAACAGCGACGUCAACAUCUCGGUGGAGCGGCGCAAUCGCGCCCGUAAGGGCAUGGGGCUAACCGUCACCACGGCCGUGGGACACGUCUGGUUCAACGCUUACUUCGAGGGUGGCGGCCCCGAGAAGGAGAAGGACGGUGGCCGCCCGGACACCGAAGGCGUCUUCUCCAUCGCCUGGGAGGCAAUGGACGGCAUCAAGGGCACCAGCAGGAAGGGGACCAGGGCUCUGGACAGCCUCGAGGUCGUCUGGCGCGUCGCAGGGUCGUCAGACGGUGAGGUGGUGCGUGAGCCGGCGCAGGGGGAUCCCGUGCCGGAGCCCGAGGCGGCGGAUUGGAAGGGCGGUGCUGAGGCGGAGCAGAGGACGGAGGAUGUGACCGGCGACGGGAACGGGGAAGAGGAUAGCCAUGAUGAGGAGGAACACGGAGGGGGGAAAGGAGUCGAGGAUAUGACCGAGACGGCGUCGAUGGAUGGCGUCAAGACUAGCGGUCCUGGCGGGGAGGAGCUGCCACGGCGGUGA